AUGAGAGGAGAAAGAAUAAACGAUGCACCAGAUCUUCUCCUCCAAAAAUUCGAGUCUGGCUUCGAUGAGGACGAAACAAGGAACCAAAACCCCCAAAAUCCUCCAGAGCCAAUUUACAAUAGACCAUUGACAGGAGGACACAGAGAUGAGAGGUCCUAUACUGAUCCUUUCACCCACAAACUCAACUUUGGCAGCAACCUAGAUAAUGACAAAAAGAUGAACCAAUCCAAUGAAAAUUCUCCUGUUCAGUUCACCAUUAGCGAAGAGAAGAGGGAAAAACCGCACCAAAAUGCUACCAGCGUAACCUCUGACGUGACUGAAGACAAAGCAGCAUCCGACGAACAACCAGAAGAUGCUGAUGAGAUUUUUAAGAAAAUGAAGGGAACUGGUCUCAUGCCAAACGCUGUGGCCAUGCUUGACGGCCUCUGCAAGGAUGGGCUAGUAGAAGAAUCCAGGAAGCUCUUUGGGUUGAUGCGUGAGAAACGUAACAUCCCAGAAGUUGUAACUUACACGGCUGUGGUCGAGGGGUUCUGCAAGGCCCAUAAGUUUGAUGAUGCUAAGAGGAUUUUCAGAAAGAUGCAGAAUAAAGGUGUUUCUCCAAACCCAUUCAGUUACGGUGUCUUGGUUCAGGGUUUAUGUAAAGGGAGGAGGUUGGAGGAUGCUGUCGAGUUCUGUGUGGAGAUGUUGGAGGCUGGUUAUUUCCCAAAUGUGGCAACCUUUGUGGGCUUGGUUGAUGGGAUUUGUAAGGGAAAGGGACUGGAAGAAGCCACGAACGUUAUUGGGAGGUUAAGGGAGAAAGGGUUCUUUGUUGAUGAGAAGGCUGUUAGAGAGCAUUUGGAGAAGAAGGGACCUUUCUUACCGAUGGUAUGGGAAGCUGUCUUGGGGAAGAAAGAUUCGCUGGGGGCAUUCUAAAUUUUCUUAUGGUUAAGUGAAAAAUUGCAAGUUCAUCUUUUACUCUUUUUGUUCCUUGCCUGUCUUUAAACUGUUCGGCUAUAUU